UCCCCAGUGUCCCGCCUGCACUGCGAGAGCGAGUCCUUCAAGAUGGACCUCAUCCUGGACGUGAACAUCCAGAUCUACCCCGUGGACCUCGGGGACAAAUUCCGCCUGGUCAUCGCCAGCACCUUGUAUGAGGACGGCACCCUGGACGACGGGGAGUAUAACCCCACGGACGACAGGCCCUCCAGGGCAGACCAGUUUGAGUACGUGAUGUACGGCAAGGUGUACAGGAUCGAGGGGGAUGAGACCUCCACGGAGGCUGCCACGCGCCUCUCUGCCUACGUGUCCUACGGGGGGCUGCUCAUGCGGCUGCAGGGGGACGCGAACAACCUGCACGGGUUCGAGGUGGACUCUCGUGUUUACCUGCUGAUGAAGAAGCUGGCCUUCUAGACCUGCCCCGGGGACGUUCUGCUGGCAGGCAAACAGGAGCCCUGUCACCUCAAAUCCUGCCCUGACUUCCACACUGCACAGCUCCUCCAGAGCUGGGGGAGGAAAGGAAAAUCCCCCCUCCUCAUCCCGGCCUCUUCUGACGACUCCUGGGACCCGCAGCCCUCUCCUGCACGGAGAGAGGUGCCUGAGGGCUGAGUAGAGACUCUGCUGGCUGCUGACUGCUGGCUGGUCCUGCUUGCUCCCACCUCUGCCUUCCCCGCUCUGCCCAGGGACAGCGGGACCGGGUCGGCCACCGUCUGCCUCGGGGACCAGGGACCAUUUCCAAAGGAGCCGUCCUGAGUCGGGCUGGGCUUGUUCUUGAUUAAAAUGGGAUGUGUUUUCUA